AUGGCCCAACGAAGACCCGCACCGAGCGGCGUGGGUUUUCCCUCUUCCAUGUCUCGCCAGGGACUCGCUUCGAGCACAUCUAGCGGUCAAUCAAAACCACCGGCCUCUCGCAAUCCUUCCCAAGCUGGCCCUUCACGAGGCGGCUCGGCAGUGACAGGGUCCGCAUCCUCGGCAACGAUGCCAGCCAGCUCAGAAAGCAGAUCAAGGGCUGCUAGUCUAGCACCCGGUGCUGUGAAUCAAGGAGCGAUGGGCAGACGCAGAGAUGAGGAGGAAUCCUCAAACAUACAGGUGGUCGUGCGCGUGAGGUGAGUCGUGGUUGCUUUGCCCGCAUGUGUGCCGAGUCUGGUCCCUUGCACUGCGGCUGACGACGCACUCUAAUCCCUGCGCGAUGGCAUCAGAGGACGCGCACCUGGCGAUGCAGCGCCAAAGGAUUCGAUUCUCGCCACCGAAGGACCUCGCUGCCAAUCCAUCUCGGUCGCUCUGGACUCGCAAAUACCUCAAUCCAUCUCCUCAUUGCCUGUCGAUCCGCUCGCCGAACCUUUGGCCAUGCGAGAGAAGACGUACGAUUUCGAUCACGUCUUUGGUCCAGAGGCCGAUCAGGGUAUGGUGUACCAGAAUGUCGUGGGUCCGAUUUUGGAUGAGGUAUUGUCUGGCUACAAUUGCACCAUCUUUGCAUAUGGUCAGACUGGCACCGGCAAGACGUGAGUUGUGGAUGCUGAGAUGUGCGCGAGCGGAAUCUUUUGCUCAGUGUAUGCGCUCUUUCUCCACAUCAAGCCACACUAUGGAGGGCGACUUGACCUCUCAAAUGGGCACAUAUUCGACAGAAGCUGGUAUCAUUCCUCGCACGCUCUAUCGACUCUUUCACACGCUCGAGCUACAACGCAACGAGUACAGCGUUCAUGCAACCUUUAUGGAGCUGUACAACGAGAAGCUGCGCGACCUCUUGUCCAGCGAUGCUCCCAUUUCCCUGGAGGGUAACAAGGAUGCGGGUCUGAAGAUGUACGAAACUGAGAACGACAAAGCUCGAAGUGGCGUCUUCAUCGAAGGUAUGAGCGAUUCACCCGUGGUCGAUGCCGAAGCGGGACUGAAGCUUUUGCAAAAAGGAAGUCAGAAGCGUCAGAUCGCAGCUACAAGAUGCAACGAGCAGUCGAGGUGAGUAGGUUACGGCCAUGUUCGCCGUGCCUCUGCUCGAGCCAUCCUAUUCACGCUCGACAUGCUGCAUCUCCCGCAGCCGUUCGCAUUCCAUCUUCACACUGACCGUGCAUAUCAAGGAAACGACGCCCAAAGGUGAAGACGUGAUGCGGACGGGCAAGCUGAACCUUGUAGACUUGGCCGGCUCGGAGAACAUUGGUCGAAGUGGAGCGCAAAACAACCGCGCUCGAGAAGCGGGCAUGAUCAAUCAGAGUCUGUUGACGCUCGGCAGAGUCAUCAAUGCGCUGGUGGAGAAGACGCAGCAUGUGCCUUAUAGAGAAUCGAAGUUGACUCGCAUCCUCAAGGAAUCUCUAGGAGGUCGCACAAAGACUUGCAUCAUUGCAACAGUCUCGACGGAGCGCUCCAACGUUGAAGAGACCCUGUCAACAUUGGACUAUGCUCUGCGUGCCAAGUCCAUCAGGAACAAGCCAGAGAUGAAUAGGCGCAUGACGCGGGCAGGUCUGAUCAAAGACUAUGUGCAGGAGAUCUCGGUGCUCAAGAGGGAUCUGGUCGCUGCGCGCGAAAAGGAAGGCUUCUACCUGAGCAACGAGAGUUACAAAGCAAUGAACGACGAGCUGGACGUCAAGAAGUCCGAGACGGACGAUCUGCGCAGGGAGAGAGAAGUGGAGCAGAGCAGAAUGGAAAGCUUGAGAGAGCAGCUCUCGCAGAACAUGCAGCUGCUCGUCAAGAGGGAUGGAGAGAUGAAAGCUGCGAAAGCUGAUUUUGCCGCUCAGUCUGCGGAACUGGAACGCACCCUCAAGCAGGUUGACGAGCUUGUCAGAGCUGAGGAGGAGGAACGCACACUCAAAGAGGCUUAUGCUAGAAGCGAGCGCAAACUUCAUGAGGUCGCGUCUGGUUUGAAUCACCUGCUCGGUGAGAGCACGGCGGACGUGAAUGGGCUGUUUGCCAAGAUAGGUGAGUCGCGCUUUCGGAGUGCAAAGGCCUACGAGCCUAGGACGAAUAUUGAUGCUAGGUGUUUCGCUGGACUUUCCCAGAGCGCAAAGAAGGCGUGGAACAAGCGAAUCGUACCCUGCUCGACCAACAUCAAGGCUCGCUAGCGAAGCUGACAGAUGCAGUCCAAGCGCGCGUCUCCGAAUAUCAGCAGCAUCAUGAUCAAUCAACUCAGCGCUUGGUGCUCGAGCUGGAAGGCUUCGUGUCGAGGCAGGGGAAGACGGUCGGGACCACUGCUGCUUAUGUCGAUCAGCGCAUUGAAGCUUUGGCUUCUGCUGCUGCCGCUCUCCGCGAUCAGCAAGGAGCUUCACAGACGGUCAUUGGCGAGAUUACGCAGGAGAUCGAGGCGACGCGGCAAGCACUAAAGCAAGCUGCCGAGACGAAUGUUGUUGCGCUCAAAGAACGGGCAGCCGAGCUGUCGCAGCAUAUUGUGGACGGUCAGGCCGCAGCUUUUGAAAAGGUCCGAUCUAGCUUGACUGGUAUGUCUCAGAUCGCCGGCGACAUGUUCAUCGCGGCCAGAGAGCAUAACGUUGCUCAUUCGGAACGAAUUAGUAAGCUGCGGUCUCAUGCAGAAGAGAGGGCUGAGUAUGAGGCGCAGUGCCUCAAGGAUCAGAACGCCCGACUGGCAAGCAUGCUCGACGAGGCGACGCUUGCAAUGGACCAGAUGAAAGCGGGGCUCAUCACAAAUGUGACACAAUGGCUCGAGCAGGCCACAGCGCAGCAUAAGACGAGCCUGACGAAGAGCACGGAGCGCGCUCAAGAUGAGAGCCGGCAGCUAGACCAGUCGAGGGCGGAAUACUUUUCAGAGCACGAUCAACAUUUGCAAGACUUCAUCGAAGCAGGCAACUCGCACGUCGGAUUCCUGACCGAUCAGGAGAAGACUUCGAGAAAGUUGUUCAAGAAAGGCACCAGCUUUUUGGACAAGGGGAUCAAGAGCACCGAGGAUGGCCUUUCUACGAUGCAGUCUGAGCUUGGCGAAGGAUUUGACGCGCACAUUGCUAGCCUGGAUGAGAAAUCCGGAGUGCUCAACAGCGCAGCUGAUCAAUGUGAGGUGCCUGUCCCGAGGCAUACCUUGUGAUAUCAUUGCUGACCACUGUCGCUCUGGUGCUUCAAACCUGACAGUACGGGAGCAAGCAGAGUCUUCUUGUGUUGCACAGCAGGAUGGCCUCCAACAGCUCGCGGAUGAUGUCGCAUCGUCUUACCGCGGCAUGCAAAGUACGCUGCAGGACUCAUUGCAUGACACCACGCAGACGUCUGGGAACACCAUGGACAGCGUGAGCCCGACUCUUGUAUCCUCUGGUGGAACCCGCCAGCUGAGACUGACACAGCAAGCGCGCUUUUCUUCUAGCUCAAUGCAGCUCAGACCGCCCAGCGCAAUUAUACUGCCAAGGUGGAUGAGAAUCUUUCAAGCAUGCGCUCAGAAGUCUCCUCUUUGCUCGAUCGGGCAGCUACAGAUGUGUCCACUGGCGCCACGCCUCAAAAACGUGACUGGCCAGCCACAAAGGACUGGAAGCUGGUGCCGACCAACCGAGGCAAAGCGCUGGUGCAACACCGCCAGCGCGUCGAAGCCGCGGAGCAUGAGGGCGUCACAUCGCUCUCGAUCGUCUACUCCGAGAGCGAAGCGGGAGGUAGCACCUUGAAUGAGCAGGACGAGGGCGAUGAGAUGGAAGGGGACGAUUCGAUCAUUGCGGACAUGAGAGGUCAAGACAACGACGAGACGUUGCGACCUGUCCGGAAAACCAGGACGUCGCAAGCUUCGCGAGGAAGCAACGGCAGUCUGGCAUCUGCAUCGUCGGUCGCGAUGACCCGCAAGACUUCCGGUCGCGAGGCGCCAUCAGCUCGGACCUCUUUGGUAUCUGCCUCUGCGGAUCAGCCCUCGGUCACCACGCGGGGCGUGCUGCGAACAGUGAAUGCCAAUGCGAAUCCCCAGCCGCAGACGGGUGCGGCACCUACCAAGCCAGACGUCAUCAAAGAGGUGACCAAAAGACCUGCAAGCGUCGCUCAAUCUCGGCCGAAGCGAGUCAGGCAAUAG